AUGAGCCCCUCAAAGCCCCUUGGUGCUCGCGCGCAGACUGCCCCUACCCGUCCGGACACCCAUCGCAGGCAAGCUGCUCCGGAGCCUGAAGCUGAACAAGACUACGAUGAACAGGCCUCCACGAACUACAAAGAAGCUUUCUCUCUGUUCGACAAGCGCGGCACCGGUCGUGUUGCUCUCGAAUCGCUCGGCGAUCUGCUCCGCGCGUGCGGCCAGAACCCCACACUUGCUGAGAUCAGAGAGUUGGAGAAGGGAAUGGGUGGUGAUUUUGACUUCGACGCCUUUCAAAAGGUUCUUAACCGCCCUGGUGGAUUCCGUGAUCCCGGCGAGCCAGAAGAGUAUUGUCGCGGUUUUCAAGUUUUCGAUAAAGAUAUGACUGGCUUUAUUGGAGUCGGACAGUUACGCUACAUUCUUACAAACCUUGGCGAGAAAAUGACCGAUGAAGAAGUUGAUGAGCUCCUCAAGGCCGUUGACACUAGCUCCGGAGAGAUCAAUUACACUGAACUUGUCCGCACGAUCCUUGCCAACUAA